UUUUAUCCAAUUCAAUGGUGAAAACAAGAACCUUAUAAACCUCAUUCUUUGUCCAUUUCUGUCUUCUCAUCAUUUACAUUUUUCAACUCAUUGCAACGCCGUAAUGUUUUCUACCAUGACUUGCGCUUUGAAAGUGAACACAAACUGCGAAGAAUGGUCUGAGACUAUAAGCAAAAUACUCGAGGAAAUCAAAGAUCUAAGCUAUACCUUCAAUGCAAAGAAAGGGGUGAUAUAUAUUUCUGGCAGGGUAGAUUCACCUAAAAUAAUGAAGAUGAUAAACAAGCAUGAGAAUACAGUGAAGCUUUGUUGGAUGAAGAGUGUGAAACAAUAUCCACCUAUGCAUAUGCCUAUGUAUGGUGGAGGUUAUGUACCAUACCAAAGAGGAUUCUACCCUCCUCCUCCUCCUAUAUCAGUGCCCUAUUAUCAUUAUCAGUAUAAUAACUAUGAUCCCAUGAAUGGCCCUCAGCAACAUGGUUAUCCUCCACAAUUACCUUAUUAUUACUAGUAUUACUGUUGGAAAAUUUGAAGAUGAAGGCAAAGAUGGCAACUCUUAAGUAAAUCUGCAUGCUGACAGAGACUUCUUGUAAGCAGAAGACUUUGAAGAGAGAUAUUUGAAGCCCUAAAUGUGCAGGUUGACA